AGGCGGCGGGGCCGGUGCGGGCGCUGGAGCCGCCGCGGCGGCAGGAAGAUGGAUGCGCCGUGCUCAUGCCUCGCCGCUCGGCGUCUUUCCUUGGCGGCACGGGCUUCCAAAGCAGCUGAGUCAAGGACCUUAAGGAAUGUCACGCAGUAGUUGCUGACCUAACUGACACUGAAAGGAACAGAAGAAGAUGGCAAUCCAUAUUUGAAAUAAACGUGUGGACUCUCUGAUAAAAAACCAUGUCAAAAAAAGGACGGAGCAAGGGCGAAAAGCCUGAGGCACUGAUUGUUGCCCUACAGGCUGCCAAUGAGGACCUCAGGACCAAGCUAACAGACAUUCAAAUUGAGCUGCAUCAGGAGAAAUCUAAGGUUGCUAAGCUCGAAAGAGAAAAGACUCAAGAAACUAAGCGCAUCCGUGAAGUGGAGCAACGCAAGCAGACCGUGCAGAUCACAGAGCUAAAAGCCAAACUCCAUGAAGAGAAAAUGAAGGAGCUGCAGGCGGUGAGGGAGAACCUCAUCAAACAGCACGAGCAGGAGAUGACGAGAAUGGUGAAAGUCCGAGACAGUGAAAUCCAGCGCCUGAAGUCGGCGCUGUGCGCGCUGCGGGAUGGGAGCAGUGAUAAAGUACGGACUGCGCUGACCAUUGAGGCUCGUGAGGAGGCCAGGAAACAGUUUGACUCUGAACGCCUUAAGCUUCUGCAGGAAAUUACUGAACUGAAGUCUGCCAAAAAGCAGGUGGAUGAGGCCCUUAACAAUAUGAUCCAGGCUGACAAGAUCAAGGCAGGCGAUCUUCGGAGUGAGCAUCAGUCCCACCAAGAGGCCAUUUCCAAGAUCAAAUGGGAGAGUGAAAGGGAUAUUCGACGCCUGAUGGAUGAGAUCAAGGCUAAAGACAGGAUCAUAUUUUCAUUGGAGAAAGAACUGGAGACACAGACAGGCUAUGUGCAGAAGCUGCAGCUGCAAAAGGAAGCUCUGGAUGAACAGCUCUUUUUGGUGAAGGAGGCAGAGUGUAACAUGAGCAGUCCCAAGAGAGAGAUCCCAGGAAGGGCUGGAGAUGGUUCGGAGCACUGCAGCAGCCCUGACUUGCGCAGAAACCAGAAGAGGAUAGCAGAGCUGAAUGCCACCAUACGGAAGCUGGAAGAUCGGAACACGUUGCUUGUUGAUGAACGAAAUGAGCUGUUGAAGCGUGUCCGAGAAGCUGAGAAACAAUGUAAACCUCUUCUGGAAAAGAACAAGUGCCUCACGAAGAGAAAUGAUGAACUUAUGCAGUCUUUGCAGCGCAUGGAAGAUAAACUCAAAGCAGUCACUAAAGAAAAUAUAGAAAUGAGAGAAAAAAUAACAUCACAUCCUCCUCUAAAGAAAUUAAGAUCUCUCAAUGACCUGGAUCAGGCUAAUGAGGAACAAGAAACUGAAUUUUUAAAGCUUCAGGUCAUAGAACAGCAGAACAUAAUUGAUGAGUUAACAAGGGACAGGGAGAAACUCAUUCGUCGGAGAAAGCAUAAAAGGAGCUCAAAACCAAUCAAGAGACAUGUGGUGGAUACGGUUUUUGGGUAUGAUGAUGAUUCUAUGGACUCUGAAACAUCCUCUGUGGCCUCAUAUAGAACAGACAGGACACCAGCAACCCCAGAUGAUGAUCUGGAUGAGGGUUUAGCAGCAGAAGAGUCAGAGCUGCGGUUUCGACAGCUGACGAAGGAGUACCAGGCCCUGCAGAGAGCGUAUGCACUGCUGCAGGAACAGACAGGAGGGGUCAUAGAUGCUGAAAGAGAAGCCAGGGCUCAGGAGCAACUUCAAGCUGAAGUCCAGAGGUAUAAAGCCAAAAUAGAAGAUCUGGAGAAAACUUUGGCUCAGAAAGGGCAGGACUCACACUGGGUGGAAGACAAGCAGCUUUUUAUUAAGAGGAACCAAGAGCUUUUAGACAAGAUAGAGAAAACGGAAGCAGAAAACAACCGUCUGCAACAGGAGCUGCAGGAUGCGCGAGACCAGAACGAGCUGCUGGAGUUCCGCAACCUUGAGCUGGAGGAAAGAGAGAGACGGUCCCCACCAUUUAAUCUCCAGAUUCACCCAUUCUCAGAUGGUGUGAGUGCUCUACAGAUCUACUGCAUGAAGGAAGGGGUUAAGGAUGUCAGCAUCCCAGACCUUAUAAAGCAGUUAGACAUCCUAGGUGAUAAUGGGAAUUUAAGGAAUGAAGAACAAGUGGCCAUAAUUCAGGCUUCCACGGUAUUGUCCUUGGCAGAAAAGUGGAUCCAGCAGAUUGAGGGAGCUGAAGCUGCUCUGCAUCAGAAGAUGAUGGAACUGGAAAGUGAUAUGGAGCAAUUUUGCAAAAUAAAAGGUUAUUUGGAGGAAGAAUUAGACUACAGAAAGCAAGCUCUUGACCAAGCGUACAUGAGGAUCCAGGAGCUUGAAGCCACCUUGUACAAUGCUUUGCAGCAAGAAACAGUGAUAAAGUUUGGGGAACUACUCACUGAAAAACAGCAGGAAGAGCUGAGGACAGCGGUAGAAAAGCUAAGACGUCAGAUGCUGAGGAAGAGCAGAGAAUAUGAUUGCCAGAUUCUUCAGGAGAGGAUGGAGCUGCUCCAGCAGGCUCAUCAGAGGAUCCGAGAUUUAGAAGAUAAAACUGACAUCCAAAAGAGACAAAUUAAGGAUCUGGAGGAAAAGUUUCUAUUUCUGUUCUUGUUCUUCUCUCUUGCCUUUAUUCUUUGGCCUUGAUGUCAAUGUGCCUCUUGGAAAGGUAAGACUGUUUUAUUUAUUUCCGCAAAACUAGCACUUCUUGCACAGACCGGAGGAUCACAUCCUUGUGUGUUCUUGUGGAUGUUUGGAGUCAGCAAAUGCAGCAGGUUGUUGUCGAUUUGCAGUAGUUCACAGUAGGGGGUUGUUGUACUGCCAAGCUGCUGGUGAUAUUGUGCUAUUCAUAAUUGUAAAAAUAAAAGCUAACAAGGAAUUUCACAGUAUCAAAAAGCCAAGGGAAUUGCAGGGGAAAUUUAAUGUUGAUGUUUACAAAGGGAUGCAGAUGGAAAACAGUUAAAAUAACCUCAACCGUAAACACACUCUGAACUAGCACUGAGGAAGGAGAUCAGGAUUUUGAAACAAGUAGAGCAGCAGCUCUACUUUUUAAAACAAGUGUCCCGUAGCAGGAAAAACACAAAGAAAGACAAGGAAGAAUGAUCAACUGCUGAGAGACAGGAAGGGAGAGAUAGAGAAAUGGAAGGAUUUUUCUGGCUCAGGAAGUGACACUGCUAAUAGGAGGUAUUGGAGAGAUCUAAAAAAUUUGUCAUAGAAUGGAUGGACGGACGGACAGACAGCUUGCUAUUGUUCACCGUCUAAUAGAAUCAAUUACCAUGUAACAAGCUUAAAGAAACAAAAAUUAAUAGUUAAGGAUACAGGUGGUAAAGAAGUCUUUCACGGUAUGCUUAGCAGCUGAAAGUUCUGAAUUCAAAAGGUAAUGUGAAGAUGGGGAAAUAAAUCAGAGAACUAUAAUGGUCCCAUUUUUAUCUGUGCCUAGCCACUUCCAGAACAAGGAUGCUGGGCUAGGACAAUUUUUCUUUUGAUCCAGGAUAACAAAAGUAGAAUACAGCAUAGAAAACAUAAUGUUAAAGUCUCAAGAACAUGUAAUGACAGCAUAAUUUUCUGAUUUGAGGACAGACCCAUACCAUUAAAUUUCUCAGUCUCUCUUGUCUCUGGCUUCAGCUGUGUUAAUGAAUAAUUCCUCUGCUCUCCACCUGAUAAAAUGAGAUACAGUUGUGUGAAAUAUGUUCUGCCCUUCCACCAUUUGUACCAGCUCAUUUUUUGUUUCCAGAUACAAUUCAAGGUAUUGAUUAUAAUUAAGUGGUAUGGGUCAUGUUUGGUGGGUUUUCCUUUUCCCUUUAAGGAAAAGCCCCUACUUCGUGUUUUAUUUCAGCUAGAUCCAAGCUUUCAUUUGCAGUUUUGUGCUGAUGCAGAGACAACUCUCAGAAUUAGUCACUUCAACUGGAAUCCACUGUGUCCUUGUUUGGCCAGACCUCAAAAUGAAUGUUUCCAUGGGCUGAGGCAGUAAUAUACCUGGAGGUUGGCUUGAACGGGGAGCAACCCAUAGAGAGGAAUUAGGAGAAAUGCAGACAGAUCAGUGAUCACAGGUCUUGUGAACAAGAGUCAGUAUCAUUAUCAAGUUGCUGCAGUUUCAAACAUACUGCCUUGAUCCAGUGAUUAUGAAACACAAUAACUUAUGACUGCAUUAAUUGUGUUCCUACUGCAGGAUUUCUGAGAACCAUGGUACAGCAUAGUAUAGCUGUGAGAUGUUUUAGGUAUCUCUGACUGGUGGAAGUUUGACUUCACAGUUUCUUGCUUAUUCAUAAUGGAGAAAAAAAUUAGAAACUCUUCUGAAGUGACCAAAUUGUGGACAGAAUAAUUUUAAGAAGCCAAGAUUUUCACAGUACACAGUAGUAGCAAAUAACUUUCUAUGACUAUGUCUUUUGCUGUACCACAGAAUCAUGAGUCUAGAACAAGCAGUCAACCUAGAGGGAGAUUCCAAAUUUGAAAAAAAUAUUGGAUUUAAGGUGCACCUUGGAAAAUCACAGGAACUUGUAGUGACAUUUGUGAGAACCUGCCUGCAUGACUUUUUUCCAUUUGCCUGUACUGUUGUCCUUUUUUCGUUCCUGUCACAACUGAAAUAAUGUCCUUGUGCAGCAUAUGAGAAAAACUUGGGCAAUAAGAGGUUCAGAGUUUUCUAUAUAUACAGUUUGCAUCUACAUUUUCCACCUGUGUGGGUAUGGCAUUGGUUCUCUAAUGAGUGUUUGCCUCUUCUAGUACAGCUACAGAAUUAGUGAGCUUUUACGUCCUAGUAUUACCAAUACCAAUCUGCUAAUACCAUUUGCUAAUAACACUUAGGUCCUUUUGGCCUAAUUUUUGAGGGCAGGUAUUGGCUGGUUAGAAAAGCUAAUGAGAUGCUUGAGGUCAGAACUCCGUAUUUUUCCUAAGUUCUAGGAGGUUUGCUAUUUUUCACUUGGAGUCAUCCUGCCUCCAUGGGCUGCUGGGUCCUGUUCAGCUCUUGCUCUUCACGGAGCUGAUGCACAUCUUGUUGUAAUGUUCAUUGAACAGGACUAAAAAUCAAAACAAUAUAAACAUUUUUUGUGCUGUCCUUAAGGCAUACACGACUGUCCCAGCUGCACAAUUGACCGAUGUCAUUGCAGGGGAACUUACAUGGAUCCAUUAGGGAUUGUGUCAAGAAUUCACUUCCCUCCUCACACCCUUUCUCUCUCCACCCUCCACCCCCCAUUCUGGCCCAAUCUCCUUCAAUGGGUUUUCCUCUUGUUUUACAUAACAUCUAAGGUUUAGCAGGUGUAAAUCCCUUCGAGAUCACUUUGUUGAGCCCAGGAAUGCUGCUCUGACUACAAUGCCAAGAUGAGUUUCACUCAUUGAAGUCACUGUUGCUCCAUAAUGGCUGGUCCCUGGAGCACACAGGGGUCCAGUUCCCCAUAGAGAAGAUGAGAAGCAUCAGCAGGAGCUGAAAUGUGGGUUACAGCCCCAUAAAGCCUGCUAGGCAGUUGUGGCACUCCUAGGACCACUCAGGAGGUGAAGGGUUCUUUUUCCUUUCCCAUCCUUCUUUUACAUAUUUGGCUUGAUGAACAUCAGGUGGGGAUCAACAAGACAGAUUACGGUGAGCUGAGUGACAGAGGAAAAGAGCCUUGACAGUAGUGGAGAUACAGUGACUUAGAGAAUCGACAUUGACUGUGAAGGUGGAAAAGUCUUACGGGAGAGGUGUGUGUGGGGGAUAUAUAAACUCAAUGCUUUUCCAGAGGAUCUGCACUGCUGUGAACUCCCUUGAACUGUAAAGACAGCUGCAGCAGGCCCAGCAUCACAGCACGCAUGAUACCUGUAGAGUGUUUUACCAAGGCCAGUCACUCCACAGGUGCAAAGCAUCAAGUCUUGUAGCAGUUCCUCAAAAACAAGGUAAUGGUAAGCUCCUCAUCCCCUGCCUUCACCCCUGCAUUUUCCUCUAUGGGAUCCUCUCCCCUCAGUAUCUGAGGGGCAAUCUCCAGACACAGGCAAUUUGGGAAUGGUGUUGGCAAGAAGGAGAGGGAUUUUAGCAAAGUCAUAUUCUCCAAGGCUGGAAUACAUGGAAUUGGAGAGAAUAACUAACAUUGAUUUGUGUUGCCCAUUCACGUUAAAAAACACCUGCCUACCCAGGUGAUUUAAUUCAGCAAAGGUGAGCACGGCAUGGGGAGUGUGCCAUCAGCAUUUCUUCUUACAACUACUGAGCUGUAUAUUUUGUCAUAUGUAUAAUAUGCUAUAUAUAUAUACUACAAAACUGCUUUACUUCUACUGGAUGGAAGUGAACUGUCGUAGCCUUAUCAUAAGGGACUUCAUACAGAUCCCAUACAAAACAAACAAAAAGCCCAGCUCAUCCUGGGGAGCCACUUGAUGGUGAAAAGUCUUUGGUUUUGUUCAUGCCUUGGUGCAGUUUAUCCUUUGCCAGUCUUUUAACCAGGAGAGAGAAAUCCACAAUGUGGUCACAGAC